GUCUUCUUGAUAUUAAACAAUCUUAAAGUUGAACUCACCUUAACUCCAACGAACAUCUUCCACUAUAUCGGUAUUCUGUAUACCGUGUGCUUCUAGGCACGGUCACUACCCACUCAUAAGCCAAAAGCAGGCCUUCGCCAAAUUCACGUUAGAGAUGCCAGGCAACAUGUCAGCACCAGAAUCCACCAAGAGCGGAAAGCGCAAAGGUACCAGGAGCGUGUCAAGCCUUACUCCUGCACAACUUGCACGAAAGCGUGCCAAUGACCGGGAAGCUCAAAGGGCAAUUCGGGCACGGACAAAAGAACAUAUUGAAACCCUUGAAAGAGAGAUAGAAGAUCUUCGCAAUCAUCAAAACCGUGACCAAACCAUUCAGAAUUUACUCCGAAAAAAUGAGGCGCUCGAGGAAGAAGUUCGCCAACUACGAGGAUCUAUGGGUUUGCGUAAUAGCGACGCCAACGACCCGUACCAGGCUGUAUUCCACAGUUCUAGUCCUCCUCGUCCAUCUUCAUUUCCUCAUGCUGCUACAAGUUACCCUAUCUUACAGAACAUGGCUGCUUACCAUAAUUUACCUGACACUACGGAACCGUGGUCUUCAAGCGUAGCAUACUCUAUAACGUCUACCGCUUCAAGCCCUGCCUCAUCUGGAGGUACAGAUGAUUUUGGAAGUAAUUACAUUUCCACAAGCGCUCCAACCACCUCUCUUGAGAGAUCUAGUCUCCCAUCGAACAGUCACUCUCCUACUACUGCUUCAUUUGAACGUAGUGAUAGCGGUUUCGAAAGCAUGAAGCCAGAAUUUGGAUGUUCACAAAUCAACGCCAUGCCCAUCAACCCGACUUACCACUUUCAACCGUGGAACACGUACCCUAUGCAAUACCAGGCUUCCCCAACAACUCUGGAUCAUGUUCACCAGAUUUCUCAAAUUGGGAGAUGUCAAUUUUGAUCAUAUAUCCUCGUAUCGGAACGAGAUGCAGGACAUAUCACAUGCCGAGCAUUGCCGACGCUCGGUGGAAAUGGAACGAGGAUGACCACAACUGGUCGUCAUUUUCGAGCCUACUCGCUCAAAUGGAAGAACGUCCCAGGAGGAUUACGCAGAGAUUACAUAUACCCCUCUUUUACAAUAGUAAACGCAAAAACGCCCUGAAUUUAUUUUAUC